ACAUAUACGAGCAUUGCUCUGUGCUGACUAUAAUAAACACCUUUAAAUGUUACUACUGACAAUCGGAUGUUAAGGAAUUAUGAUAAAAUUGUGAGGUUGGAUAGCGUCGAGUAUCAAGCGGUAUCAAGCGUACGGCUUGGUACGGUGCACGUGUACAAGCUAUUAUAAUGGAACUGGUUUUGUGUCACGACCACGUGGCGUACUUUUUAUGCCUACUGUGCGAUCGACGUUGCAUAUUUCUUCUCGCAGUUACACAAUGUUACAGGGCGAGUAUGUGACGACAUCGUGCUAGAUAAGGUCACAAUUACGAAAUGUACAGCGACGUCGUGUCGGAUGACCGCACAGUAGACUCGCAAGGUGGAAUUUAAAAUUUGAGCUCGUGCCUAAGCUCUCUAUGUGGAAGGCUCAGUUGGCUCUAUUUGGCGCGAGGUAGCAGGUGUCAGUUGUAACGCAAUUGCGACAAUCAUGGAUUUCUUCGUGGGCGUAGACGUGGGGACAGGAAGUGUUCGAGCAGCUCUAGUCACCUCAAAUGGAAAGAUCAAGAAAAUAGCCACGUGUCCCCUUGAGGUAUUCAAUCCUGCUCCAAACUUCUAUGAGCAAUCCUCUGAUAACAUUUGGAGCGCAGUGUGCCACGUUGUCAAGUCGGUAGUCGCUGAUACUUACGCGGAAAAUGUUAAGGGAAUUGGCUUCGAUGCUACUUGCUCGUUGGUGGCUAUAGACAAGACGGGCUCACCUGUGACAGUCAGUCUUACAGGUCAGGAGAAAUCGAACGUCAUAUUGUGGAUGGAUCACCGAGCGUACGAGGAAGCCGAGUUCAUCAACGCUACAGCUCACGAUAUAUUGCAAUACGUAGGCGGCAGAGUCUCCCUCGAGAUGCAAACGCCGAAGAUGCUGUGGCUCAAGAAGAAUUUGCCCGCUUCCUGGAAUUCCGCGGCACUUUUGUUCGACCUGCCGGAUUUCUUAACGUGGAAAGCCACCGAGUCCGAAUCGCGAUCUUUGUGUUCUUUAGUGUGUAAGUGGAACUACGGUGCUAAUCCCAACGGUAAACACGGAUGGGACGAAGACUUUUUCGAGCAACUUAACUUGCGUGAUCUUAAGAAGGACAAUUGGCGGAAAAUAGGUAAUGACGUGAGGAUGCCGGGCGACGCGAUCGAGCCCGGACUGUCGGCGAAAGCUGCGGCCGAAUUGGGACUGUUGAAAGACACUCCGGUCGGGACGUCGCUGAUCGACGCGCACGCCGGCGGCCUCGGCAUGAUCGGCUGCUACGUACCGGACAUAUCUCCGAAUUUCUCCAAUCGACUCGCUUUGAUCUGCGGUACUUCGACGUGCCACAUGAUAGUGAACGAGAAUAAGAUAUAUGUGAGCGGCGUUUGGGGGCCGUACUACAGCGCGAUGGUGCCCGGUAUGUGGUUGAACGAGGGCGGUCAGAGCGCCACCGGGAAGCUGCUCGACCACGUCAUCGACACUCACCCGGCGACGCCGGGAAUCCUGAACAGUUUGGCCGGCAACAAACACAUCCAACAACACCUGUCCGAGCUGUUGCACGUGAUGGCCGAGCAGAGGAGUCUGCAGAAUGUGUCGUACCUGACGAAGGAUGUACACGUGUGGCCGGAUUUCCACGGUAAUCGUUCGCCUCUCGCCGAUCCGACUCUGAAAGGAAUGGUGUCCGGAUUAUCCUUGUCGGUGGAUCAGGAGAACUUGGCGUUGUUAUACUUAGCGACGGUGCAGGCGUUAACGUACGGUACAAAGCAUAUAAUAGAAACCAUGACGUCUGCCGGACAUAAUAUCGAGACUGUAUUAGUCUGCGGUGGGCUCAGUCAGAAUCCGUUAUUCAUCCAAAUACAAGCCGACGUGUUGGCAUUGCCGGUACUUUGUCCUCUGGAACGGGAAUCGGUUUUAGUCGGCUCCGCGAUUCUCGGAGCGUGUGCCACGAAACAGUGUUCUAUGCACGAGACUAUCAAAAGAAUGGCAGGAACGGCGAAUAUAGUGAAGCCGACGAGCGAGUGUUACAAGUAUCAUCUUCGGAAAUAUCACGUGUUCAAGAAAAUGGUUCAGGAUCAACAGGACUAUAGAAGAUUAAUGAGCGAAGAACUGUAGUCUGCUCUCCCUUUUUAUAUCCUUUUAGUCUAAAUGGACUGAAAAUGGUGAAACUGUCCCGAAAGUCUUCCGGAAUUCGGAAAGUUUGAAACGUGUGACAAAUAUUCCGAAAAUUUGAUAAACUUUCAAAAAGAAUCUCCGAUGCUUCAAUUAGGAUACUGAUAUUAAAUGGAGUUUUGAUAACGCGAUAGAUAUUAGGCAAUUUGAUUUUAUGAUAUAUGCGAAGCAACGAUACCCCGCUGUAAAGUGUCGACACCAUGUGUGUUUGUAUGACACUAUGAAUGUUCUUCGUAGUCAAUCAAUCUUGUGAUCUGGAAAAAGACACUGCUUUUAUUAGUGCAUAUUUUUUAUGGUCGUUUAAGUCUGGAGCUAUGAUGUAGAAGUAGAAUAGGUAAAUAUGUCGAAUAGCGAAUCCACCCUCGAUGAUCUUGUAUAGGCAAACUGAGACAAUUCUAUUAACAAAGAAUCUAUAUUCUACUUACGUGACUUCUUUUGUUAAUAAUUUUGUAAUUAGUGUGAAUAACCUUCUGAAGGUUACUCAGGAGCGUGACCUCUGCAAUAUCUGUUAAGUUCAAGGUUAUUGAGGAUGGGCCCUCUAUUUGACAUAAUUACCGUAGAAAGACAUAUGGGAAUUUAUAUUACCGAGAAUAUUCCAUAUAACGAUCGAGAUAGAGACUAUUGUAUUAUAUUCAAUUUACAUUGUACAAAAAUCUUUUAUUUACACAAAUUAUAUUUUUUACUAUGGAA